UAAUUAUACCGGAUGUGACGUAGGCUCAGCCGUCCCAAUCGUCCUCUUGGUGGAAGGUGGCAUCCUUUCAGGCAAAGCUGAGGGACGGUAUGCCCUGUUCAUUCAACGCUCCUACUCAGGCUCACUGCCAAACACAGAAUGGACUGUCAACACAGAAACAUGGCUGCCUCUGCAACGGGCCAGGCGAAUGACAGAGAUAACGCAACUACAGACAGUCCGAAAUGUCAUGAAGAGUCUCUGGCGCAGUCACGGGAAAUAAUAAAACCUACCAUCACGGAGCUGACCAAAGAAGUCAGGACGAACAUCCUCUGCACCGUGGAAGGAUGUGGCAAGAUUCUCCCUAAUACACCUGCAUUGAACAUGCAUCUUGUUAAAUCGCACAGAAUAAAGGAUGGUAUUGUCAAUCCCACGGUCAGAAAGGACAUGAAGGGCUCUCAGAAGCUCUACUGCUGUCCCAUUGAGGGUUGUCCCAGGGGACCUAACAGACCCUUCUCCCAGUUCUCCCUGGUUAAACAACACUUCAUGAAGAUGCAUGCAGAGAAGAAACACAAGUGCUUCAAGUGCAACAAUGGCUACAGCACAGAGUGGGACCUAAAGAGGCACAUAGAAGACUGUGGGAAGACCUAUCACUGUACAUGUGGCUGCCCCUAUGCUAGUAGAGCUGCACUACUCUCACAUAUCUACAGGACAGGUCAUGAGAUUCCUACAGAACACAGAAUUCCUCCAGUAAAAAAGCGAAAGAUGGAGAAACUGUUAAGUGGUUCUGAAAAGGUUAAGACCAGCGAGUCAACCUGUCAGAUCAUGUCUGCUAGAAAAGAGCUUACAGAGACUGCUCUGCCUUCUGAUACAACUGUUCAUAUCCCAGACUCAGUGAAUCAGAACUGCAACCCCCGUAAGAGCCUCCAGAAGUUGCUCCUACCAAAGCCCAAGAUGGCUUUGGUCAGUGUCCCUGUGAUGCAGCUGGCCCACCUGCCUGUCCUUCUUCCAUCGACAGAAAGCGGGGCUCUGAGGUCUGUAGUGCUGGCAGUAGACAGCCAAGGCUCUGUCAGCACCUUUCACCUGCUGCCACAAACCAUGGGAGCUGUGGUACCCCAACUUGAUGCUAAGAGUUUGGGUUUCAAGGAUAGCAUGCCUACUUCCCGCUCUAGCCUAGGGCCCAUUAGCACAGGGGUGCAGGUCAGUCUGGACUCUGCAGUCACAGAGGACUCAGCCAGCAGCCUGGCAGGACAACGGGGAAGAAGCACCUCCACCAACAUUCAAACGGACAAAUCGUACUUGUCAAAAAUGCCCACAGGAGUAGGGGUUGGGGAGGGAAUAGGCUUGUGCUCUGUGGGUGAGCCCUCAGUUUCGUCCUGCUCCCAAACAGACAUCAGCGUGAGUGCCCAAGUCCUCCUGCCAGUCAGUGUUGAAACCCAGACAUUCUCCUCCCGGGCCAAAGCCACAUCUACUAUUGGAGCUCAGACAGACAGCCAGUGCAUGAGCCAAAUUCCUUGCUCCUCCUCAUCUGUGCCCCCAUACAAAACCAGGCAGACACAGACAUACUUUGCCAUGCCACAAUCAGAGGAGAAGGCUCAGGACCAGGCUGUCAUGUGCUCUGACCUAUUUGGCAGUGACUCCCUCAGUGUCUCCACCCAGACAGCUCUGGACAUAGAUGACACCCUCACUGCUGCAGGAAGCAGUUUAUAUGAGGACUCAAAGUCAGCAGGUGGUUUUGGGGUGCAGGCAGAUGAGCUCAACUCAAACAACAUGGCAGAUAACCAGACCCAAACAAUGACUUUGUUAAGUGACCUAGAAAAUAUUCUGUCUGACAGCAUGUCAGGCCACCAGGUGCUCACAGAGGCCUCAGCAGGGUGUGGCUCAGGUCUGGGCUCUGUUCAGGAGCAACACAAUGGCAUUGACUUUGACUUUGAAGAGUUUCUCAAUGCUGUGCACAUCCAGACACAGACAGAGGAGAGUGAGCUGGGAGGGCUGGGUGGUGACACGCCGCUGGAGUCUCUGGACAUCCAGACUCAGACAGACUUCCUCCUGAUGGAUGAACUGGACCAAAGUGAGGGACCCAGUCGAACUCAAGCCAGCGACCUGGAGCUAUUUGAUACUCAAACUCAGACAGACCUCAAUUUCCUGCUGAGCGCUGGAAGCCACAUGCCCCUGAGCAGCAUCCUGCGACAUUCAAGCUUUUCUAUGAGCACCGAGUCCUCAGAUACAGAAACACAGACAGAUCUCCCUUCAUUUGCCACAGGCCUCUCUUCUCAGACCCCUGUGAGCCAGGGUGAGCAUGCAAGGCUGCUGAACAGCACAGAGACACAGACUGUGACCAGCCAGGCAGAAGGCCUGGGACACCUUUUCCUGACGAGCAACGAAACACAAACUGUCAUGGAUGACUUCUUGUCAGCAGACCUGGCAUGGAAUAUGGAGUCCCAUUUCAGUUCUGUGGAAACCCAGACAUGUGAGGAGCUUUGUGCUCUCUUUCAGCACCCUGAGAAACCCAACAGCUGAAGCCCCUCUUAGUGAAGCUGCCUAAGCUUUCACAGUAAAGGUUUCUCAUGUCUGCCUUUAUAAGAGGAAUCAAUCUAUGCUGUCCUCCAGCGGACCACAGUCUUAGCAGUAAGAAGUCUGUGAAAAUAUCUUUGAACAUUCCACUGGAGACAUCAUGUCCAGAGCCUUUCCAGGUAUAUAUCCUGACAGCUCCGCUGCACUUUAUUAGCUCAACGGGCAUGAUUUAUCAGCUCCUGUGACAGUUUACAUAUUUAUUUGCACAUAAAGUAACAUAUUGUAUGUGUCUUGUCUGAAAUGCCAGUUUACUUCUAUAUUUCAGUGUAUAACCACUAACUGGUUUUCACUGUUUGGUCUUACUAGCAGUUUAAAAAUGACUCAACAUUUCAUCAAUAUUAGAUCUGCACUUAAAAGGGAUGACAUCUUUAGCUGUGCGUGGCUGUCAAGAAAAGGCUUAUAAAAUUGUUACCCUGUAUGGCAGCUUUCAGAUAUGCAUAUACUGCAUGAAAACAAUUUCAUCUCAGCUGUGCAGCAAACAACAAUGUGCGUUUAGUUUACUUAUGUUUGGAAAUGUGCACAACGCCUUCACUUGGUCAGCAGCACAGAAACAUAAAAUAUCUAUUCUCAGCUUGUGCAUCUGAUGGCUGCCUCAUUGACGUUGCAUUGUCAGCGGUAGCAAGACUAUAAACUCUGAAUUACAUCCUGCAAGCUUUUCAGCCAUUGCUAAACGUGACCAGUGAGAACCUUUUCCAAAAUUUCCAAAAUAAAACCCCAUAAAGCCUUCAACGAUGAACAAAGCAUUACUUAACACCAUUAAGAUGUAUCUCUGAAACAUACUUUUAAUCAUAAAGAUGUGGCACAAGUAAAAAUGAAAUGUUUAUGUCUUGUCAGUUGUUGCACACCUUUCAUUGAAAUGUGAUUUGUGAAGUAUGAUGUUGUAUAAACACUUUGUUGUAUCUGGGCCUCUAUAGCUAAGCAGUCAGUUCAAGUCAGUAAGCAGACUAGGCUGUCAUUGUCUUUGACUUAUUCAUUAGCUGGGUGUAAGUGUAUACAGUAGCAGUACUCAGUGCUGAGGUGAUCCAGUAAUGUUACUGUACAGAACCACAGAGGUGUUGUAUGUAUUCACCACCUGAUUUUGACUGAAAGGAGUCCUGUUGAAUAUCUUCCGUUAAAAUCAUCAAAUUUUCCAACCUUAACAAUCAUAUACAGUAUUUUCAUUUUUUAUUAUUUGUUUUUGUCUUCUCCAAGCAACUAAACUUAAAGGUUAAAUUAAUUAAUUACUUUUUUCAUUAUACUGUUACACUGAGUUACCUCAUUAAGCACAGGCACCACAUGCAGACUGUGUUCUACUAAGGACCCUAGUAGAAGCUAUAGGCCUUAAUUAUUUGUUAAUUUUGUUACGUUGGUGCCUUAACCCAAGUAUUAGCUUUAGGUCUGUUACAUACAAUUUGCUGCUUUAAAAUAAUUAACAGAAUUAUGAACAAACACUGGAAAAUUGUCAGAAUCCUUUUGGUCUUUGCGUGUUUAAUCCAUUCUGUAUAUGUAUUUUCAUCAUGGUUGCAUGAAGUAUUGGAAUGUUCCUACUCAUUCUCCAUAGUUUCUAUGGAAAGAUUUAUCUUCUGUCACAUAAAAAUAAUGCUAUAUGGCAUUUUAUUGAAUAGAAUUUGUUGGAUGCCAUCUCAUUAUUUUAAUGAAUGGGUGGUAAACGCUAUUAUGGUUUAUAGAUGUUUUUAGAGACUAAAAAAUGUACAGAACAUGACACUGUGCCCAGGUAUAACGUGCUCUGUUUUUUGCACCGUAUCCAAACAGUUUAAUGAUAAUUUCCCGAUGUUAAUAAGGGUUUUGACACUCAGAUUAAAUUUUAAGAUUUCUUGUACUGAGAUUAGUACUUCUAGUUUGUGGUUCUUGAAUUCAAAUACAGCAUAGCUGCUCCCUGCAGGUUUAGUGGCACAGGGAAAUGCCUUGCUUUAAACAGAACUAUCUGUAGAAGCCUUGUCAGUCUCAAGUGUCAGUUACAGUGCUUUAUUUUCUCUCUGUUGGGAGUGCAUGCAGAUAUUUUCCCAGAACUAAAUAUUUGCUAUUAGUUUCUGUUGCCUAUAUGUGUAGAGUUAAUGGUUGCCUUGACUAAUUGUUGGAGCUACACUACAGAUGUUCUUAAUAAACUGCUGGAAAGUGUA